GUCAUAGUGGCUGCAGUUCCACGCAUGCGUGUUUGGUCCCUGUGCCGGGAGGGGGGCAUUUUAACAGUAAACAUCCUGCCGAUUUGAACGGCGGGUUUGGGCGGCAGGAAGGGCUGCGGCCGCCAUCUUGUUUGUUUGAGUGGCUCGGAUCGGGGAGGAGGCGGAGCGGUGUAGUUACCGAGCCCGGCCCCGCCAGCCGCUGCAUUGGCCUCCCCUGCCGCCACGCAAGACUCGGGGUUUAUACCUUAUAGGCGGCUGGGACAAUGUUCUACGCUCAUUUUGUCCUGAGCAAACGUGGGCCGCUGGCCAAAAUCUGGCUAGCGGCCCAUUGGGAUAAGAAACUAACCAAAGCCCAUGUGUUCGAGUGUAAUCUAGAGAGCAGCGUGGAGAGUAUCAUCUCACCUAAGGUGAAGAUGGCACUUCGAACCUCAGGACAUCUGUUAUUGGGAGUUGUUAGAAUCUACCACAGGAAAGCUAAAUACCUUCUUGCAGACUGUAAUGAAGCCUUCAUUAAGAUCAAGAUGGCUUUUCGUCCAGGUGUUGUUGAUUUGCCUGAGGAAAAUCGAGAAGCUGCCUACAAUGCUAUCACUUUACCUGAGGAAUUUCAUGAUUUUGACCAGCCAUUGCCUGAUCUAGACGAUAUUGAUGUGGCUCAACAAUUCAGUUUGAACCAGAGUAGAGUGGAAGAAAUUACAAUGAGAGAAGAAGUGGGCAACAUCAGUAUUCUUCAGGAUAAUGACUUUGGUGAUUUUGGAAUGGAUGAUCGUGAGAUGAUGAGAGAAGGUAGUGCAUUUGAGGAUGACAUGCUAGUGAGUACCAGUGCGUCCAAUCUUUUACUGGAGCCUGAACAGAGCACCAGUCAUCUUAAUGAGAAAGCUAACCACCUGGAAUAUGAAGACCAAUACAAGGAUGACAAUUUUGGAGAAGGAAAUGAUGGAGGAAUAUUGGAUGACAAACUUCUUAGUAAUAAUGAUGGAGGCAUCUUUGAUGACCCACCUGCUCUCUCAGAAGGUGGGGUAAUGAUGCCAGAACAGCCUCCCCAUGAUGAUCUGGAUGAUGAUGAUAACGUAUCAAUGGGUGGACCAGACAGCCCAGACUCAGUAGAUCCAGUUGAACCAUUACCUACUAUGACUGAUCAAACAACACUGGUUCCAAAUGAAGAAGAAGCUUUUGCUUUGGAGCCUAUUGACAUCACUGUCAAGGAAACCAAAGCAAAGAGGAAGAGAAAGCUGAUUGUAGACAGCGUGAAAGAGCUGGAUAGCAAGACUAUUAGAGCCCAAUUAAGUGACUACUCUGAUAUUGUCACUACUUUGGACUUAGCACCUCCCACUAAGAAAUUGAUGAUGUGGAAAGAGACGGGAGGAGUUGAAAAACUUUUCUCUCUGCCUGCUCAGCCUUUGUGGAACAACAGACUAUUGAAGCUUUUUACUCGCUGUCUUACACCUCUUGUACCAGAAGACCUCAGAAAGCGGAGGAAAGGUGGAGAAGCUGAUAACUUGGAUGAGUUCCUUAAAGACUUUGAAAACCCAGAGGUGCCCAGAGAGGAACCGCAGCAGCAGCAGCAACAGCGAGAUGUUAUUGAUGAACCUAUCUUGGAAGAGCCAAGCCGCCUACAGGAAUCAAUGAUGGAAGGCAGCAGAACCAACUUGGAUGAAUCUGUCAUGCCACCCCCACCACCUCAAACAGGCGUGAAGCGCAAGGCUCAGCAAGUGGAACCAGAGCCUGUAUUACCUCCUCAGCCGUUACAACAGUUGGAAAUGCCACCUGUGGAAAUGCCACCAGAAGAGCCUCAAAAUAUCUGCCAGCUAAUACCAGAGCUGGAACUUCUGCCAGAAAAAGAGAAGGAGAAGGAAAAAGAGAAGGAAGAGGAAGAAGAGGAGGAGGAAGAAGAUGGUACGGGGGGUGAUCAAGAUCAAGAAGAAAGAAGAUGGAAUAAGAGAACUCAGCAGAUGCUUCAUGGUCUUCAGAGGGCUCUUGCUAAGACUGGAGCAGAAUCUAUCAGUUUGCUUGAGCUGUGCAGAAAUACAAACAGAAAACAAGCUGCAGCAAAAUUCUACAGCUUCUUGGUACUCAAAAAGCAGCAAGCUAUAGAGCUGACACAAGAAGAGCCAUACAGCGACAUCAUUGCAACACCUGGUCCCAGAUUCCAUAUUAUUUGA